AUGAACAAGCUGUACAUCGGCAACCUCAACGAGAGCGUGACCCCCGCCGACCUGGAGAAAGUGUUCGCGGAGCACAAGAUCUCCUACAGCGGCCAGUUCCUGGUCAAGUCCGGCUACGCCUUCGUGGACUGCCCCGACGAGCACUGGGCGAUGAAGGCCAUCGAAACUUUCUCGGGGAAAGUAGAACUGCAAGGAAAACGCCUAGAGAUUGAACACUCGGUCCCCAAAAAACAAAGGAGUCGGAAAAUUCAGAUCCGAAAUAUCCCACCCCAGCUGCGAUGGGAAGUCCUGGACAGCCUGCUUGCUCAGUAUGGAACAGUAGAGAACUGUGAACAAGUGAACACGGAAAGUGAGACGGCCGUGGUGAAUGUCACCUAUUCCAACCGGGAGCAGACCAGGCAAGCCAUCAUGAAGCUGAAUGGCCACCAGCUGGAGAACCAUGCCUUGAAGGUCUCCUAUAUUCCCGACGAGCAGAUAGCACAGGGUCCUGAGAACGGGCGCCGAGGGGGCUUUGGCUCUCGGGGUCAGCCUCGGCAGGGCUCGCCUGUGGCAGCCGGGGCCCCUGCCAAGCAGCAGCAAGUGGACAUCCCCCUGCGGCUCCUGGUGCCCACCCAGUAUGUGGGCGCCAUCAUUGGCAAGGAGGGCGCCACCAUCCGAAAUAUCACAAAACAGACCCAGUCCAAGAUCGACGUGCACAGGAAGGAGAAUGCAGGUGCCGCCGAGAAGGCCAUCAGUGUCCACUCGACCCCCGAGGGCUGCUCCUCCGCCUGUAAGAUGAUCUUGGAGAUCAUGCAUAAGGAGGCCAAGGACACCAAAACGGCUGACGAGGUUCCCCUGAAGAUCCUGGCCCAUAAUAACUUCGUAGGGCGUCUCAUUGGCAAGGAGGGGCGCAACCUGAAGAAGGUGGAGCAGGACACGGAGACGAAAAUCACCAUCUCCUCGCUGCAGGACCUCACCCUCUAUAACCCCGAGAGGACCAUCACCGUGAAGGGGGCCAUCGAGAACUGCUGCCGGGCCGAGCAGGAGAUCAUGAAGAAAGUUCGGGAGGCCUAUGAGAAUGACGUGGCUGCCAUGAGUCUGCAGUCUCAUCUCAUCCCCGGCCUGAACUUGGCUGCCGUGGGUCUUUUCCCAGCCUCGUCCAGUGCAGUCCCGCCACCUCCCAGCAGUGUCACGGGAGCUGCGCCCUAUAGCUCCUUUAUGCAGGCUCCGGAGCAGGAGAUGGUGCAGGUCUUCAUCCCUGCCCAGGCGGUGGGCGCCAUCAUCGGCAAGAAGGGGCAGCACAUCAAACAGCUCUCCCGUUUCGCCAGCGCCUCCAUCAAGAUUGCUCCUCCAGAAACUCCUGACUCCAAAGUUCGUAUGGUUAUCAUCACUGGACCCCCAGAGGCCCAAUUCAAGGCUCAGGGAAGAAUUUAUGGAAAACUCAAGGAGGAGAAUUUCUUUGGACCCAAGGAGGAAGUAAAGCUGGAAACCCAUAUCCGGGUGCCAGCGUCGGCGGCCGGCCGGGUUAUUGGCAAAGGUGGCAAAACGGUGAACGAGUUGCAGAAUUUGACAGCAGCUGAAGUGGUGGUGCCAAGAGACCAGACCCCUGAUGAGAACGACCAGGUCAUUGUUAAGAUCAUCGGGCAUUUCUAUGCCAGCCAGAUGGCUCAGAGGAAGAUCCGAGACAUCCUGGCCCAGGUGAAACAGCUGCACCAGAAGGGACAGAGCAACCAGGCGCAGGCGCGGAGGAAGUGA